UUGAAUUGAAUUGUUGUGAGAGCGGUGUUAUGGAUGGUUGUGUGAUUUGAAUUUGUCUUUAUUAUUUUUGCAACAAAUCGACUAUUAUCAGAUAGAGUAGUGUUAAAUAUUGGACAAUAAUUAACAUAACUUUCUUACCACCUUAUUUAAAGCAUUUUAGUUUAAAUUUUGGUCUGAACGGAUUAUAUUUUAUUUCAAAAUGGAAGAAACCGUUACAAACUCGACUGAGAGAACAUCUUUCUUUUCUUCAUUCCUUGAAUUGAUGGAUGCUCGGGAGAAGCAGGUAGCAGCCGAGCGACAGCUUCGAGAAGAAAAGUAUCAAAGAAGAACUCAAAGGAUUUAUGACUUUCACGAUCGGCAGCGGCGUGAGGUGGCAGAGUUGCGGCGCUGCCUGGACUACGUGUCCCAGCACGCGGUUGUUUUGGAGGGUGUGCUGCGCGGCGGGGCGGAAGGAGCCGGAGCCAACUCGGUGCCGCUUGGUGCGGCGCUGGUACGACAGGCGGCAGCGCUGCAACGUUGCAUGGCUCAGUGCGUCGCCAACGCGUCGCGUAUCCGGCACCAGCUGGCCGCCUCGCACCGUCCGCAGAUGGACUCCGUGCUCGCUAAGAUGGAGCGUGAGUUGAGCGCAUGGACGGCAUUUGUGCAGCGUGCGGUGGACGCCACCAACAACUCCGAAGUCGUCAUCGACAACCUGCAAAACCUCAUCGCGGAGCAGCGGCGUUGCGUGCGAGAGGUUUCCAACAGCAGCGUGUUCGUGUCGCUGUGCGGGGAGGGGACGGAUGCGGAUGCCGACACGGACACGGGGGCGGAUGACAGUCAGGGCGGCGCGGAUGUUACGCCCGGGUCGCCGUUGUCGCAGUGCGCUCUCAAUCACCCUUGCAGCACGCCCAAGCCGUUGGACUAGCGCUCGUUAUUGAUGGCGCUGUGUUGUCGCCCGCCGCGCCGCCUUACACUACCCGACCCACAUCGCUGUUAGGAUUAGUGUGUUUGGAUUAAUACUGCCCUAAAACAGUGGAUAGCGUGCCUCUGAAGCUGUGCCGCGACCUUGCUGACUAUGCCCGUGUUAUGUAUGCGCUGCCAAUUUUUAUCGAGUGGCGCGCAAUAACAUCAUAUGAAACAUCUUGUUAUACUAUAUUAGUUAAUCUCUGGCUGCCUUACUCUUUUAUAAUAAUAUUCGAUGUUUAUUCAGAAUGUCGUGCUCUUCUCAUUGAGAAAUUAUAUUCUGUGUUAUAUUCUUCUAGAUCUUUAGAUGUUUGUGCGAGUUUCGUUUUUAAUAUUUAGUAAGAAAACGGGCGCGAAGUGUUAACCGACUGAUCGUAUACCACACACUACUUUGCAUUUAUCUAUAUUCCGAGUGUGUGGUGUGCUCUUUGGUGAUUCGUACAUAUAAAUAUAUAUAUACUCUAUAGUACAGCUAGGAUAUCUUUAUGGAUGAUGUUCGGAUAGUUUGUGUCGCAUGAGAAGCAUUGCUAUACAAAUUUAAUUUGUACCAAUAUUUAUAGAUUAUGCGGGACUCGAAACCGCACCUCUCGGAUGCCGUCCGAGCUCUGUUGCCAACUUAGCCAACCGUCCGAGUGACGCAUCGAUCAAAAAUCUUUGUAUGUCUUGUUCAACUCUCAGGUUGUGGCUCCAUCUACAGGAUCUACUUUACAGUUGAUGAGCUGCUCAAACCCAAUAGUUGUAUAUUAAGAAAUUGACUUGAGAUGUCGCUCUUUCAAAUCUAAACAGUUUGUUAUGACAAACCCAUAAAUUUUGGUACAAGUUUUAAUUUGUAUAUUUAAUCCCAGAAUCAUUUAAAAAUAACAAGUAUUAUGUUAUGUUGUGUCGAAUUUUGAUAUAUAUUUACAAAUGAAUGUUAUAUUAACAACACGCAUAAUAAUAUGAUGAAAUGGGUCGUUCAUUAUUUAACGAACGUUGUACAUAAACUAUAUAGCGUGGCGUUAUAAUAGCCAAUGUGGCGGUUACUAAGCCGUAAUCAUAAACAAAUCCAUUAACUAAAGUACAUAAUUCAUAUAAGGAAAUUUAUUUACUAAAAUAUAAUUUCGGAAAAUCCUGUUAGUUAACAUCUGCAGCGUAGAAUUCAUUGCGGCUGUUGGGAUCACGGUUCAUGCCGCUAUUAGCAAUGCCGACACGGGCGCUGAUCGACACCCGGAUCAUAAUCUUCUUAGUCUAAAUGCGUAGUCUAAUGUCACAAUACUGUAAUAGAAGUCAUUUAACGUCAUUCUAGGGCGAUCGAAUCAUGGUACGCACACAUAAACACGAUUUGCACGGCCGCUAAGCAAUUUCGGAGAGACAAAACUUGAGUGCCACGCCCAGGGUUGGGACAGACGCCUUAAAGUGAAGUUUUCAGAAGACUGUAGUGCCAUCUGUUAGUUGGCCCGAAAAUGAAAGCUUUGUCAGCUGUCACUCGCUUUGAAACCUUUCAACUUUUCUUUGUUUGUGUCACUGCCAUAAAAUGGCGGCUACUUCUAGCGUUUGCGCAUGUAUGUAGCUCUCAUGUUCCAUUUUGCAUAUUUACACUACUAAAUCUAUCCUUUAUGUUCUAUGUUGUGACAAAAUUAAAUAACUAACUCUACGCGCAAUUUCAUCAUGAUAAAAAAAUUGCAAUACCUACAUUAAAAAGUAGAGUUUGCGUCACAAAAUGAAUUUUAUAAUUUCGAGCAUAUAUAUAGUUAUUUUCGGGGCCAAUCUCCAGAUGGCGCUAGUUUUCAAAUAGACAGCUUAAAAUGCGUAGAGAGAGCUCUCUUUUCCCUAUAUAUUAUUAUACUCUUUGGCCACGCCGUACGCCGCUGAGACUGGUCGCUAUCCGAGUUAAAUUAACUGCGUCGCGCCGUCCGCCUCGUCGAAGUUCGUUUUGUAUUACUAAUGUCUAGUGCAGUACAGGAUGAUGCCAUUGACACCCAAAUAUUUGCAAUAUUGUAGCGCCACGUUGUAUAAAUAGCUAGUUGCGUGUGUCCGCUCUACCUCUGCUCAAAGACGCGGCCGUAGCCUCCAGCUCGUAGUACUGCCGCGGCUGGACUCUGCUCUGUGUUAUACUUACUCUGUGUUCUUCUAGGUUACGUGUGGAUAUGCAAUUGAUUACUAUACGCUUGUUAAUAUGUAUAUAAAAUAAGGGAGUGUGAAUCUUGAUAUAUAGUAGGUAAUCCCAGACACUAUGUAUAUCUAUUGUUACCACAUCACAGUCAAAUUCUUAUAUGAGUUGUUGUGAUUCAUGGCCGUAGGCAUGCUUAGGUGAUUUAUUCGUCUAGAUUCUCUUGCUGUUCGAUAACUGAUAAAAACUGCCCAGGAUUAAUAGUAAAGUGUGCGUGACAAGCUACGUCUUACACUCGAGAUUUGUAUGAGUUAUGACACUGUGUUAGUGUGCGUGCAUUGCUCAAAAUAGAGGUUUAUUAUAAAUUGAGUUUAGAAAAACUCAAUUUAUUUAGACGUUUUCACAUCUGUCAUAGUCUAGCUAGACGCAUAAUGAUCUAAGUAUCUACGUUACUGUGAGCUUGUGAUACAGCCAGUUUGUAGCUCGCAACUGCGGUUAUAUUUUAUUUGUACUCGUUGCACAUAUUUUAUUAAUCAAGAAUUGUUAAAUUUAGCCCGUUUUAUAUUUAUAUUUUAGGAGUGGUUACACUUAGCUGUUUUGUAUGUUGGAAGAGCUUUACUAUUGUCUUUUAAAUAAAUUAGUCGUAUAAGUAUUUGCCAAAUGUUAGCAGCGGCCGACCUCCGAAACGAUACGUCUCUCCUGUCAUUGAAAUGUCAUGCCAUGAAAUACAUCACUAGUUUUUAAUUACCUACCCCAAAAACAGGCUGUCUACAUACAAAGAUUAUUGUACUGGAAAAAUUACAAAUUUAUUACAAAAUUUAAAUUUUUGAUAAUAAUUAUGUAUUCAUAAUACUCACGAACAACAUUUACUAUGAAACUAUAUUGAAUAAAGUACGUGUUGUUUUAUUAAUGAAUGUGUAUCAAUGUAAUAGGCUAAGCAAAUAGUCGGAUUUGGACCGACACUAUCUGUCCAUCGGACAAAAUCUAGUACUUAGUAAUAAUAAUUUUGUGCGAGCGACAAUGUACAUACCAUUGAAUAUGAUCCACUACCGGACCGUGUCUGAUGGUUCGGUCGUACCAAAUCCGAUCAUGUGUUUAUAGCUUAAGAAAACUGCAGGAAGCGGGGACAGAAUGGAGGGCGGGAGGUGGGCGCAAGGUAAGCUAGCCUACCGAUUGACAAAUUCAAUAAUUGUUAUUAUACAAUAAGUCUUUGGUCAAUGAAUUGCUAUUUUAGUCGGAUAUAUUUGUGAUUUUUUUUUUGUAACUUAAUUUCGGUAAUUAUAAAAUAAUCGUGUUAAUGUAAUAUUAUGUAUAAGCGACAGCUCUGCAGUGAUACAAUCUAUCUCAAUUAUAAAUGUUACUAUUUUUAUCUCAAUAUAAAUAUAUUUGGUACCAUUUUGUAAUAUUGAAGUCAUUGUUAAUUAAGACUUUGAUCAAUGGUUGUUAAUGCUUCAGUUUACUGUAGUCGAAUGUAUUAUUGUAGGUAAGUGUGGCCGGCUCUGUGUUCCGUAGAGUAUCGAGGAAGAAUUGGAAGGAACCACGAACGUUUUACAACGAACUAGGACCGUCGCAGGUUGCAAGUCGGAGUCGGCCACAUUCAAUCGUAUGAGUACCAAUAAAAGUGAUUUGACAAUG